GUCUGAUUGCGUCGGAUGUUGUUCGUCUUGUGAGGCGAGCACAGCGGGACGUGGUGGCUUUAUUCGCCAGCCAUGCUCGUCCGGGCCUAUAUUUAACAUUUGAAUAAUAUCAGCUAGGAAGGAGUUUUCUCCGCCGCAUGCACACACAGAGGGGACUGCGCUGCUCGCAAACGACAAUAUGGACUUGCACAUAUUGGACCACAGGCUACGGGUCAUCAGCAUAUCCAAGAAUGGGCUGGUGAAUUUCACACACCCCCUGAUUAAACUCAUAUUUCUCCGGAACAGGACACGAUGUAAGUUCUUCAGUCUGACGGAGACACCAGAGAACUACACAGUCGUCCUUGACGAGGAAGGCUUCAAAGAGCUCCAGCCCUCAGAGCAUCUCAAGGUAGAAGGCUCCAUCUGGCUGCCGCUCAACGUGGUCUCUAAUGGCAACGCCUCCAACAGCUCACAGGCUGUCGGCGUGACCAAGAUUGCCAAGUCGGUCAUCGCCCCCCUGGCCCAGCAGCACGUCUCUGUCUUCAUGCUCUCCACUUAUCAGACCGACUUUAUCCUGGUGAGAGAGAUAGAUCUGUCUGUAGUCUUCAGCACUCUGGAGGAGGAGUUCAAUAUUUACAAAGAGGUGGGAGGAGAGUCUGUCCCUAUGCACUGUCGGGAUGUUUCCAAUGGCAUCCAGAAGAACGGCAAAGAAGCCAUGCAGCCCACAGUUCACCCAGUGCUGAUCCCCCAGAACCACUUCUGUGUCAUGUCUCUGGACCCGGACACACUGCCGUCUAUCGCCACCACGCUCAUCGACGUCCUCUUUUAUUCCAACAGUCCUAAAGAGGAUGCACAGUCGGCCCAGAGCCAGGACUUGGACUGUAUCAAGUUCUUCUCCUUCUCCCUCAUUGAUGGCUACAUCUCACUGGUGAUGGACACUGAGGCUCAGAGACAGUUUCCUGCUGAUCUUCUCUUCACCAGCUCCUCUGGGGAGCUGUGGAGAAUGGUUCGUAUAGGGGGACAACCACUUGGCUUUGAUGAAUGUGGUAUAGUUGCCCAGAUAUCUCAGCCUUUGGCUGACAGCGACAUCUCGGCCUAUUACAUAAGCACCUUCAGCUUCGACCAUGUUCUGAAACGAGUCAAGAAGCAAAGCCAAAUUUCCCAUAUACAUCAAUGUGAUGGAAGCAGUGGAGAACACAGACAUCCCUUCAAAUGAUCAGUCUUACCUGGGUCCCUGAGGAGGACAUAGUGAGUGUGACAGACAUGCUCCAGCAUCAGAGGAAAGAACCAGCCGCUAGUUGAUUUCUGGAGUCCCAUGUGAGCUGGAUGAUCCUGGCUCAAUGUGGCGCCCUCUCACUACAGAUGCCAGGGGUGGCAGACCAACAGAAAAGGAGGCUAACCCAGUGCCUAGACUAGAACUGCAUUGCCAGCAGUAUUAACUACUACGAACUUGCCAUGAACACCAGAAGCGCUUCUCUAUGGUGUGCACAUAGUGUGAGGUGAGGCCUCCUGUUUUCCCUAUCUAAGGCAGGAUGCACUGAGUGCCAGGGGGCCCACAAGCUCACACGUGCACAUCAAAAUACACAAUCGCUCCUAAACACAUCCACAUCCACAGACAUACACACCCACUUGCACACUCAAAUUCACAAGCACAAAGUUAGACAUAUGAACAUGUAUGAUAGACUUUUCUGUCUAAGACAGGACUUGAGAUCUGCAGCAAAUAGCAGAACACAUUUGCAUACAUUUCACCAGUGCUAUAAACACACAACUUAGUCUUCCAGUGAGGUUUUUAUUAUAAAGCCGUGUCUAAACAGCUGGAGGGGUUCUUUUUUAAAUCAAACUUUCCUUUUUGUUAAACUGAAAGUGUGUAGCUUGAAAUGCAAGGCAGGUGUUGAACAAUAUUUAUGCAAAAGCAAACUGACAAUUUCUAUUUUUUGACAACAGGGCUCACUUGUUUAGGUUUAGAGAAGAAUGUGCAGGUAGUUCUUAUAUAUUGAAAGUACAAUACUACAAAUUGUGUCAAGCAGGACAGUAUGCUUGGUCACGUUUUUUUUUUUAAGAGGUCAGCAUUUAUUAACCAUUGUAUUACCCAAGGUCAAUAACACUAUGUAUUAUUUUUUGUUAUUUGCACAAUAAACUUAUAAUUUAUCUAAUAUCACUUAGAUGUUGUUUUUAUGGUACAAUUUGAAGUAAAAGUAUUGUGAAAACAUUUGGAAUAUUUGUGCUGAUUCAUUCAAUAAAGGGUAUUGAAAGUA